GUAUUUUCAAAUUCUAGCACACUCGAGCUGGUUUCUCCAAAAUGACCUAACCCACCUUUAAAUAACAUUUACCAAGGUCAAUUGCAACAUUAUAAUGGAUUAAAAAGUGAGUGCACCCUAUUAGGCCUGUGUGCCUCCUAUAUCACAUGAUGCCUUUUUAAACUAAUAGUAUGUGACUUCCCUGCAGGCCCUGAGGGGGGGCAUGUUCCCACACUAUGGCCCUGCAUAUAUUUACUGUAAGCUGUGCACUGAUGAAGACAACUGCAGCUAAAACUGAUUUAUUUGUGAUGUUAAAGCUUUGUCAGUGCUUUCAAAGAGUGCUUUCAGCCCGAGGUGCUUUUCCAAUGUUGCAAGAUUGCAACAGAUUAUUGAUCUCUUUAGAUGCAAAUAGUUAUAAUUACAAUUUGUAUUGUUUCCACAUAUGAAGCACAACUAUAUAUAAACUGGAUGUUGUGUUAGAAUAAUUACUUUCAGACAAAUUAACGAAUGUUUACGUUGGUUAUGCGUGCGUUCAUGAUAGAUCAUUUGGGUUUACAGAAGAUGGAUGUCUAAUCCUUUGAUCAUGAACGUAACAUGUAUUCAUACCUCUAUUUUCUAAUCUGAUUUUAAAACAUUUUCAUACACGCUUAAUGAACUGCAGAAGUACCUCAUUAAGUUAUAACUGCAACAAUUUGUCAACUGAUCAAAUAGAAAAAUUAAUCACCACCUAUUUUAAGGAUCGAUUAAUUGUUAAAGUAAUUUUUCAUCCACAUUUUUAAGAAUGCUUCUCUGUUGUAUAUCAUAUAAAAGUGAGAUUCUGAGUACAUUUAAAGACAUCUCCUUGGACUUCAAGAAAAUGGGAUGGACUCUUUCUGACAUUUCAUACACCACGCCAACAAGAAAUAAUGUAAUCUAAUAAUGGAGAUUGGUCUAAUGUAAAUACUUGUACGUUUAAGUCCUCCUGUUUGAAACCAGUGAUAUAUCUCAUCUUAUACUGGCAGCAUAUAGACAGCUACAUGGAGGGCAGAGUGAGCAGUAGUGGCCUAAUUUAGUCCCUCCUCUGCCUGUGAACUAAAUACCAAUGACAACAGUCCGACUGACACCCACCCACUCAUCCAGUCCCCCUCCCCAACACAAGCCCCCCUCCCCAACACAAGCCCAGUGCUGGGGAGCACCAGCACCCACUUGGGUCCACUACCCAGUGUGACCCUCUCAGCUUCCUGACUUCCUACCUGUGGAGACAGACGCCGUUCCAGACUCCUCCCUGAGGGUCCUCAGGACAGGGGCCGCCAUGUCUCAGUUCUCUACCAUGACGACCAGCGAGAGGAAGAUGCAGGCGGCAGCAAUCUGCAGGGAGGUUCAAUCCAUGGAGGAAGAUGUGGAGAUGGAUCUUGGGAGGAAAGUGAACAUGCCGAAGGACAUCAUGCUGGAGGAGCUGUCCCUCGCCUCUAACCGCGGCUCACGCCUCUUCAAGAUGCGCCAGAGACGCUCGGAGAAAUACACUUUCGAGAGCAUCCAGAACCAAACCAACAUCCAGAUCAAUAACACAAUAGUUUUGCAAACUGAGAAUGGCUGUGCCACAGAUGGCCAAAACGGCGAGAACAACAUGGAAGUGGACCAGUCGCUUGCUGUGCCAAACGACACGCCUGACACGACCAUGGAGCCAAAUCCAGAAAGCAUCGCCCCAGGCUACGGGGGUCCUCUGAAAGUCAUCCCUCCAGAGAAGUUCAACAGUACAUCUGUACCAAAGUCCUACCACUCUCCCUGGCAGCAGGCCAUCAUCAGUGACCCCUCCCUGGCUCAAACCAUGAGCCUCCAGUUAUCGGAGCCCGAGCCACGACCUGAACUGCCGGGCUUCAAGAGCUUCAACAGGGUGGCCACUCCAUUCGGGGGCUUCGGCAAGGCUUCCCGACCUGUGCCCAUCCAUACCCUGCAGGUUGAGCCCCUCUCCGAGUGUCCUGAGCUGCAGGGCGACGCAGGGGUGGAUCGACCCUCCUUCAACAGAUCCGCUCUGGGCUGGGUGUCGACAGGCGAUCCACUCCCCCUCCCCGCUGUUCCCCUCGACCCCGCGCUCAUCCCUGAAUCAGACGACCUUUGAACGCAGAAUGAGGUCACAGAGAUUCACAGAGGUCCGGGAGGGGGGGGGUGAUAUGUUGUUGUCAGGUUACCAUGCUACCAUGUAUGCAGCAUCCUAUGGUUUUUCAGCGAUGUAAACUGUUGCACUUGUUUUAAAAAACAAAUGAAUUAUCCUGUACAGUAGGCAGGGACACCACUGGAGUAGUUUAUUGUAUAUCAAUGUGCAUAAGAGUAUUAUAGCUUUUUGCUCAAUAAAAUUGUGUAGAACU